AUGGCCACCGACGGCAGCGAUCCAAUUCCCCCGCACAAGACCUUCGACACCAUCUUGGUGCUCGACUUUGGGUCGCAAUACUCGCACUUGAUCACCCGUCGCCUGCGCGAGCUCAAUGUCUACAGUGAAAUGCUUCCUUGUACUCAGAAACUCUCCGAGCUCGGCUGGACCCCCAAGGGCGUCAUUCUCUCCGGAGGCCCUUACUCGGUAUACUGGCCUGAUGCGCCGCACGUCGACCCCGAGGUUUUCAAGCUCGAUAUCCCGAUUCUGGGCAUCUGCUAUGGACUACAGGAGAUCGCAUGGAACCAUGACAAUACGAAUGUACUCGCGGGAGAAAAGAGAGAGUACGGGCAUGCGUAUCUCAAGGUGGAAAGACACGGAGAUGCAAGCACCGGUGGACAUGUGAACGCGUUGUUCAAAGACCUGGAGGACGAUAUGGAGGUCUGGAUGAGUCAUGGUGACAAGCUGAGCCAUAUCCCUGAGGGGUUUGUCACCGUCGCCACGACGGAUAAUGCUCCCUUUGCGGGCAUCGCACACAGGGAAAAGAAGCUGUAUGGCAUCCAGUUCCACCCCGAGGUCACACACACGCCCAAGGGCAAACUUCUGCUCAAGAACUUUGCCGUGGAUAUCUGCCAGGCAAAGACGAAUUGGACAAUGAGCAAAUUCGUCGAUCAGGAGAUUGCGCGCAUUCGUGCUCUGGUUGGCGAGAAGGGACAGGUCAUUGGUGCCGUCAGUGGUGGUGUCGAUUCCACGGUCGCCGCAAAGUUGAUGCAAGAAGCCAUUGGCGAUCGGUUCCAUGCUGUGCUGGUCGAUAACGGAGUCCUGCGGCUAAACGAGGCCCAGAUCGUGAAGGAGACCCUUACCAAAGGACUAGGCAUCAACCUUACCGUCGUCGACGCAUCAGAGCGUUUCUUAGGCCGUCUCAAAGGCAUUACGGAUGAUCCGGAGAAGAAGCGCAAGGUCAUUGGCAACACCUUCAUCGAGGUCUUCCAGGAGGAGGCUAAGAAGAUUGCUGCGGCAGCCCACAAUUCAGAGCACGCUGGAGAGAUCGAGUGGCUCCUUCAGGGCACGUUGUAUCCCGACGUCAUCGAGAGUAUCUCGUUCAAAGGACCAUCUGCGACCAUCAAGACACAUCAUAACGUCGGCGGCCUUCCGGCCACAAUGUCUCUCAAGCUCAUUGAGCCCUUGCGCGAGCUAUUCAAGGACGAAGUCCGCGAACUCGGCACCAACCUCGGCAUACCGGAGGACCUAGUCUGGCGCCAUCCGUUCCCAGGCCCGGGCAUUGCCAUCCGUAUCCUUGGUGAGGUCACACCCGAGCAGGUCCGCAUCGCGCGGGAGGCCGAUCACAUCUUCAUCGAAGAGAUCAAGGCUGCUGGCCUCUACAGAAAGAUAAGUCAGGCGUUCGCAGCGUUGCUGCCCGUCAAAGCAGUGGGUGUCAUGGGAGACAAGCGUGUCCACGAUCAAGUCAUUGCGCUUAGAGCUGUGGAGACGACCGACUUCAUGACGGCGGACUGGUAUCCAUUCGAUGGCGAAUUUCUGAAGAAGGUGAGCAGGAGGAUUGUAAACGAAGUCAACGGCGUCUGCCGUGUGGUAUAUGACGUUACGAGCAAGCCCCCUGGGACCAUUGAGAUGGAGUAG